UCCCGAUUAGAGUCCCCCGAUGGAGCAAGGAAAACUAAAAGAAGCCGUUCUCUAUCUGCCCGAAGGACAUGUCUUCUUCCAUGAGGGCAUCAAGCUCAUCUCGGACUACGGAGAGAUUGACGACUGUGAUGCGGACUGGCUGGUAGAUGCUGAGGCCAUUUGCCAGGUGCUGACAGAGGCAAUGGCCGAGAAGGAUGUGGUCUACAAGUACAUGCUAAAGCACCUCCUAGCCACAGCCACGUUUUACAGAGGAUCCAAGAUAGACUUUCCGCUGGACUUUGAGCAGUACCUCCGCUUCCGGAUGCCCUUUCCAGUGACGCCUGUCUUUAACUCCUCGCAGCCUGGUUACAUCAACCUGUUAGCUCCCACCUCGCAUCCCAUGGUGAGCAAUGGCUACGUGAAUCCUGAGAGUGUUCAGCUCCUGCUGCGGGGAAACUUAAGGGAUGCAAUUAGGCGACUAGACGCCAUCCGUUGUCCCAGUGGACUGCAGUACAAGUUGAGUUAUCGAACGCAUGAGAUUGGGGAUCAGGGAUUCGUUCACGAAAUCCUAGGCUGCGAGAAACGCGUCUCUGGCGGCAUGCCCAGCGUUGUGUCCUUUGUCUUCCUGCCGGCUUUGGAGUUCAGUUUCGCGGAACAUCCGCUGCCCACGUUUGUGCCCUCGGGACCAGCGUGGAGUCACUGCUGCAGCAGCACCUUCUACUGGCUGGCUCUGUUCCAGGUGUAUCCGCACUUUGACCGCCGCAGCUUCUGUCCCUAUGUGCCGAGGAUGCAGGGUAUCCAAGAUGAGAGGAUGAUAAAGUACAGGAAUGUCCUGCGCCUGCUGCUACGCAUAGGAACAGGCAAUAAUAUACCCGAUAUGUCGGAUAUAUUCGUGCUAAAGGGCCUGCACUUUUAUCGGCUGAGAUAUAAUGCCAACUGUGACUGCAAUCUGUCCUUGCCCACGCUUUUUAUAGAGCUCCUUGGCAUUCACAGGGAAAUCACCUAUAACGAGGCUUUGCAGCGAUUCGUGACCUUUGGCGGGCAGCAGGCUCAUUGGAUGGGGGAUGCCACCCGGCUGUACAGCAUCACCAGGAACGUGGCCAUGUUCUACUAUAUGAACUGCAUACCUGUGGAACACCUGAAGCACCUGUUUGGCAUUAUUUAA